AGCAAAUCUAGCCGGAGAAAUUACAAAAUACAUUAGUAGUACCAAUUAAAAUUUCUUAGUUGGUAGUGUAAUCUAUUAAUAUUUUCAUGUGUAAAAAUGAAAAAUAUGAGUUGGCUUUUAUUUUAUUUUUUCUCCUCUAUAAAUUUUUUACUCCUUUAUAGUAUUGUUGGAUUGAUGUAUACCGCAAAAUUACCCUGUAAAAAACCGACAGAUUUUAUCACAAGCGAAUUGAUACGACGCGUUUUGGAGCUGGCGGCCCCACAACCAAACUGGUAAGAAGAUAAGAUUUUAUCAACAAAAAAAUCCUCAAGCAAAAGAAUCCAAUCUCCAAUUACUCCACUAUUGCAAGCGCAAAAUGAGAACCGAGCAGUGUUGUAUCCCUUUUGAACUGUCCGGUAACGUUUCUUAACUUCCAUAACCACCAUGGACAAGCUUUCUCCGUUUCACCGCCACCAUAACCCGCCUCUAAGUCAAAAUCCAGUAACCCACAAGCCUAAGCCAACUACUCUUUCACCUGCUACUCUUUCUCUUGCUCCCACAUCUUCCUUCUCUGAGACCACCUCUCUCUCUGCCUCACCACCGCCUCAUUCUUAUAAGCAUUUCCCAAAUUUUCGAUUCUUAGAUAACCUGAGUGAUGUUAAAACUCUGGAUUCGGUUAAAGCAACGCAUGCCCAGAUGAUGAAAACGUGCAACGUUUGUAUUUCCGAUUCCAUGGCUAAAACUUUGAUCACUUCUUACUUAGAACAUGGUGAUUUUAGGUCGGCUGCAAUGGUUUUCUUCGUGGGUUUUGCACGGAAUUACGUUAUGUGGACUUCUUUCUUGGAGGAAUUCGAGAGCUAUGGCGGCGAUCCAAUUCAAGUUCUCCAGGUUUUUCAAGAAUUGCAUUUUAAAGGAGUGCUAUUUGAUAGUAGAAUAUUUACUGUCAUUUUGAAAAUUUGCAUUAGAGCAAUGGAUUCAUGGAUGGGUUUGGAAGUUCAUGCUAGUUUGAUCAAGAGGGGAUUUGAAUUAGAUACUUACGUGAAGAGUGCACUAUUGAAUUUCUAUGAGAGAUGCUGGGGAGUGGAAAGUGCUAACCAAGUAUUCUAUGAGAUGCCAGAAAGGGAUGAUCUCUUGUGGAAUGAGGCAAUCUUGGUCAAUCUGAAGAAUGAGAGAUUUGUUAAUGCUCUAAAACUGUUUACAGGAAUGCAAUUUUCCUUUGCAAAAGCCAAUGCAAGUACACUUUUGAAGAUGCUACAAGCCUGUGGAAAGCAUGGAGCCCUCACUGAAGGGAAGCAGAUACAUGGGUAUGUUAUAAAACAUAAAUUGGAAUCAAAUUUGUCCAUAUGCAAUUCCUUGAUUAACAUGUACUCUAGAAACGGCAAACUUAAACUAGCAAGAAGAGUUUUUGAUUCAAUGAAAGAUCGUAACUUGUCUACCUGGAAUUCAAUUAUGUCAAGCUAUAGUGCUCUUGGUUACGUGAAAGAUGCUUGGAAUCUUUUCCAUAAGAUGGAAUCAUCUGGAGUAAAACCUGACAUAAUAACCUGGAAUUGCCUUUUAUCAGGCCAUGCUGUUCAUGGCUCGUAUAUAGAAAUCCUCCCAAUUUUGAAAGAAAUGCAAGCUGCAGGUUUUAGACCGAAUUCAGGCUCUAUUACUAGUGUCCUUCAAGCUGUCACUGAAUUGAGGCUCUUGAAUGUUGGGAAAGAAAAUCAUGCUUAUGUGAUCAGAAAUGGACUCAACUAUGAUAUAUAUGUUGAAACUUCACUGUUAGACAUGUAUGUGAAGAACGAUCGUUUAACAAUUUCUCGGGCAAUUUUCAACACUAUGAGGAACAAGAAUAUUGUUGCUUGGAAUUCGCUAAUCACAGGAUAUGCAUUCAAGGGCCAUUUUUAUGAUGCUAGAAGACUGUUGAAUGAUAUGGAAGAGGAAGGGAUUACACCAGAUCUAGUUACAUGGAAUGGCCUAGUUUCUGGGUUCUCAUUGUGGGGCCAUAAUGAGGAAGCUUUGGCUGUAAUUCAAGAUAUCAAAAGUUCAGGAUUAGCUCCAAAUGUGGUUUCAUGGACUGCCCUGAUAUCAGCUUGUUCGCAGAAGGGUAAUUACAGGGAAUCCUUGGAGUAUUUCGUCCAAAUGCAACAAGAAGGAAUUAAACCGAAUUCUUCGACUCUAUCGAGCUUACUAAGAACUUGUGGGGGUCUAUCUCUGUUAAAGAAGGGUAAAGAAAUUCAUUGUUUCAGUACAAGAAAUGGCUUCAUGGAAGAUGUAUAUAUAGCCACAGCACUCAUUGACAUGUACAGUAAGUCAGGCCACUUAAAGAGUGCCCAUGAAGUUUUCAGGAGAACUAAGAACAAAACAUUAGCCUGUUGGAAUUGCAUGAUCAUGGGAUAUUCCAUUUAUGGCCUUGGAAAGGAGGCAAUUUCACUCUUUCGUGAAAUGCAAGAGGCAGACAUCCUGCCAGAUUCCAUAACCUUCACUGCUCUGCUAUCUGCCUGCAAGAACUCAGGUUUGGUUGAUGAAGGAUGGGAUUACUUUGAUAGUAUGAGCAAAGAUUAUGGCAUAAAGCCAACAAUUGAGCAUUACUCUUGCAUGGUAGAUCUUCUUGGAAGAGCCGGUUAUCUAGACGAAGCCUGGGACUUCAUUCAAACAAUGCCAUUAAAACCAGAUGCCACUAUUUGGGGUGCUUUUCUUGGAUCAUGUAGAAUCCAUACAAACUUGGAAUUUGCAGAGAUAGCAGCCAAGGAACUUUUCAAGUUAGAACCAUAUAAUUCUGCUAAUUAUGUUCUGAUGAUGAACUUGUAUGCCAUGUCAAACAGAUGGGAGGAUGUGGAGCUUAUAAGAGGUCUCAUGGGCGAAAAGGGGGUAAAAAUCCGGGAAGUAUGGAGCUGGAUACAAAUUAAUAACACAGUUCAUGUCUUCUCUGCUGGGGGGAAACCCCAUGAUGCUGAAGGGGAGAUAUACUUUGAAUUGUAUCAGUUGGUUUCCGAAAUGAAGAAACUAGGAUACGUGCCUGAUAUCGACUGUGUGUAUCAGAACACUGAUGAAGAAGAGAAGGAGAAGGCCCUGCUUAGUCAUACAGAAAAAUUGGCCAUUGCUUAUGGACUGAUCAAGACAAAGAAUAGUGCACCCAUCAGAGUGAUAAAGAACACAAGAAUUUGCUCCGACUGCCACACAGCAGCAAAAUACAUAUCGCUGGCUCGGGGCGUUGAGAUUUUCCUAAGGGAUGGUGUUCGGUUUCACCAUUUGAAGGCAGGGAGGUGUUCUUGCAAUGACUUCUGGUAACGGUUUAGACCUGGAAACUAGCCCAUAGCAUUGUGUAAAAGAAAAUUCAGUUUAAGUAUAUUGAAAAGAGAAAGUGAGGGAGAGGAAAGGAAUCAAUCAGAUCUUGAUUUAUCAGCAGAUUCAGCAGCGAAGCUAAAAUGAUCGCAAAAUCAAAGAUAGAUUGUUCAAAGUAUCCAAGAAAACGUAAACCUUGUGUACUAUGAAGGAGUUGAAUUUUAUACUGCUCAAAGCAUUAUAUUC